AUGUUAAAAGGCACAUACGAAAAAUAUCCGACUGUUUCGGGGCCUUUUUUUCAUGCAACUCCUAAUGACAGAUGGGCCGACGUGGUUAAUGAUGCACAACUUCUCAAGGCAGUUGAAAUUUUAAAAGAAAAAACGUCGACUUCAGCCUCCUCAUUAGCGAGUGUGUUGAACGUCGUUAAAUACGUUCUUGGCAAACCAUAUUUCCCUGAAACCUUAUUUGGAAACAAAAAAACCGUUGCUUUUGAUAUUAAAGGUCAAAGUUACGUAGUCAAAUUUGUGUCUUGUAAUAAAGGACCUUCCGAAGCAAGUGCAACCCCUACGGAUGGUGACAACACACGACUCGGAAAUAACGGGUCAAACAGUCACUCUUCGCACGCCUCUCAGUCGUCGUCCUCACCACAACUCUUACAACCUACCAUCGCUGACAUCCUUAGCGAUUCCAAAUUUCUUAGACUUAUAGAUCUUCUUCAACAAAAAACCGAAGAAUCUCCACUCAAAUUAGCAAGUUUACUAUGUAUCAUAAAGGCAGUUCUUGAUGACGUUGGAUUAAAAGGCCGAUUAUUCCAAAAUAAAAUAAAGUUUUUCCACAAUUCGCGAGAGUACAUGAUAGAGUUUCAUGAUCAUGAUUCGGAACGUAUAAUUAACGACGCGAAUGACGAAAUUGAAAAUGUUCCACAUGAAAACGAAGUGUGGCGCGCUCAUAUGCCUUCAACUUCCAAAAGAAAGCGCAGUGGCGACAGUCCCAAUUCCGAUGAAGAUCAUUGUACACAGCCAAAUCCCUCCGUCAAAAGACGAUCAACGGAUAAACAUAAGGCGCCACCUCUCAGUUGUGAAGCUGUUAAACGUCUUUUCACAGGUAUCACCAAAGCAACUCUCAUUCAGAGACUUGAAGAAUCGAAAGCUUUAAUUUCAGCCAUCAAAGAAAGCUAUGCCAAUAUCCGUGCACCUGCUCAAUCUACAAAUUUAGCAUCAUCAUCACGCUUAAACCUUUUGUGUCAUCUUCUUCAAUCACCACCAACAUCUCGAAUUGAUGGAAUUUCUUCUAAAGUUUUCUCAAACUUGGAGCUUUAUAAAUUAUUCACCACCUACAAUUCUUACAAAGAGGAAGUCGCUCAAAACAACCAUAUUGAUCCGUUAAACUCACCAAAUAAACGCAGCCAUACUUCGCCUUCUUCAGAUCCAUCGUCACCUAUUACUUUUCCUACUUAUUCUUCAUUUAUCGACCCAACGGUUACCUUACACAUCAAAGAACAAACUGGUGGUAAAGAAGUUGGAAAGCACCGCUUGAAUUGUGCAUGGAGACUUAGCAUACUAUGUGAGUUACUAGGUAAAGGUGUAUUAUUGAUGACUAAAGAAUUGAGCGGAGCUAAAUUGGAACGAAUUCUUGUUGAAGAAUUUACCAAAUUAGUAGAAUUCUUGAAGAACUCGGAUAAUCAUGAUUGGGUUGCUAAUGUUAGAGAGAAAAUGGAGUUGGCAGGAUUUGAUGAGGUUUACGCGCCAUUAGCUGAAGCAGACAUAGACAACAGUUCUAAUAACCCCGGAACUGUUUCAGAUACCGUUGGAAUUAGCAACGAUAAUCAUAUGGAAAUGCAACAAACGAUGAAACCUAACCUUGGAAUCAUCACAUUCGCAGUCGAUCACAACAUUACACAAAAUGUGAUCGAUCCAAGAUUGACUAUCCCGGAAGAGGAACUAAUGAAUCAUGGACAUCACUACUCAGAAGUUGACUCGAAAAACGAUCCUCUUGUCAUGAGGGCUCCAGGAAGUGUGCGCCCGAUCUCAUAUAUCAAACGUGAUAUGAGAACAGAAAGUCAAAAAUAUUAA